AAGCUAGUGGAAGCAAGUGCCUCACAUUCCAACACUUGCAUCCGUAUAAGUGACUUCAAACUAAAGAACUUCUUGAACAAACAAUAUUACCGGAAAAAAACAUGUUGCUAAACCUUUGAUGCAAAAGGGUGACAAACAUGUGAUGUCGGUAACGGGGUGGUUACAACCUGCUUAUGUUAAAAUUUAUCCUCAACUUGUUAGUUUGGUGGUGACAACACCCUUUUACAGGCAAAUAAACUCAAAUAGUAGCCUCAAAUGUUCACCACCACAACUGCAAUUGAGGUCCAAGAGAUGCUAUUACAAAAGGAAAGAGCAAGACACGCCCUUUUCAUCAGCGUUGCAGGAAGAGGAUAGUCCAUGGGAGAGUGGUGAUGUAUGGUCCAAUUUUGCUCUCUAUCUAUUCACACUUCAUAUUCCUCUCAGUUUUUGUGGUUUAUCCGUCUUUUCCCUCCUCACAGGACAACAACAACUUCUUCACCCACAAACUCAGGCCAUAUCACUUCUUACCAUUCAAGUUCUUGAGUUUAAUGCAUCUCUGGUUUUACUGAAGUCCACGGCUAAACCACAAUAUAAACUUUCAAAUUUCUUCAAAAAUAAUGACAGGAACUGGUUUUUGUCAUCAGCUCUGGGAUUUGGGUUUAUUGUUCUUAUGAUUUGUCUAACAUCACUACUUGCUGACAGAUUAUUUGACUUUAAGCCCAUUAGCAACCCUAUACUGAAAGAGAUCCUACUGAACAGUGAUAUCUCAAGAGUGUCUUGUGUUGCUGCUUACUGCAUUGUCACUCCACUUUUGGAAGAAGUUGUUUAUAGAGGAUUUCUGUUGACAUCACUUUCCUCUACCAUGAAGUGGCAAAAUGCUGUAGUCACAAGCUCUUUGAUAUUCAGUGCAAGUCACUUUUCUGGUGAAAACUUUGUACAACUGUUCAUCAUUGGGUGCGUCCUUGGAUGCUCUUAUUGCUGGACUGGAAAUUUGAAAUCUUCCAUUGUUAUUCAUUCUUUGUAUAAUGCUUUGACCUUAUUAAUAACUUAUUUUUAUUAAAUUUUAUUCACAGGAAUCAAUGUGCAAAAUUCAUGACAUAUGGAAAUAUUCUUUAGUUUACCAUUUUUUUGCCAACAUAGUAGUAACAUUAUUAUUUGUUAAAGUAAAAUAAUGUUAGUCCGGAAAGUACAACUGAGCUAAUAACUGCAGGGACACUGAUUUGCAAGGGCUAAGUUUAACCCCGAGAUUCUCCACUUCUUCACACUUCACCCGGUUUCCUCCCCAUCUAACCCAGUUAAGCAUAUCACUCGGUGUUCCUGUCCAAGACCUGAAUGCAGCGCUUAACCACGAUUCCACAGUAAUUUCGAGGGCACUUCUGCUUAGUCACAACAACAAUAGCUUCUGCAUUCAUCUCAACAGCCACCCUUUGAAUUUGGAGUCUCUCAAUCGACUCCACCACUUCAAGCUGCCCCAAAGCCUCCGCAAAAAUCGCUUCAUCCGACCCAUUUACGAGCUUAGUCACAGCCGCAACGCAACUCCCAUCCCCAAUCGCAAAAUCAGUCAUAAACUCCAACGGCCAUCAUCGUAGAGUCAGCAUCUUUAGUGUGCUUUUUUAGUAGUAUUACUUUUAUACAGAAAUAUGUCAGAUCAGAUUAGCGGCGCAACUUAUUAUCUAAUCAAACAAAAUUUAUAAAAUAUAGAGUACUUGAGAAACACUCAACUAUACUGUGUAACAUGGGUCCCAUAGUGAUAGUUGUCCCAAUCUUAGUCGGCAGACAAGGAUUGGCCUACUAAAAGAAACCCAGCUAGACCCACUCGCUAAAGGCAUUUCUUCAAAUACUAGGGACGUGGACUUUAUACUUAUCCCACAAAUUGCGAUCGACAUCAAAGGACAACUCAGAUCUAUAUUUAAUGCCGUGGCAUCCACUGAUCACGCCACGUGUCCUAUGACGCGUUGGAUCCCACUACUUCUUUCCUUAAAUUAAGAUAUUUCUUUCUUCUUUUAUUAUUUUUGUGGUUAGAACAUAUUCUUGUUCUUUCUUGUGGAAUAGUAUAAAACUAAGUUGUUGUCUCCCUUUAAUUUCAUAACCAAACAAAUUCAUCUCUCUCAUCUCAGUAAUCACUAAUCACUAUGAGUGGGUUUGAGCAUCAAGUGAAAUAUAGAGCUAAGGAGGUGAAGAGAUUUUUCAACAAGGGAAUUAAUAUUGUUGGAAAUUCAUUCAAGAAAGGAUGGCACAAAGUCAAGCAUAUCAAACGCUAGUUAAUUAACUCAUCCAUAAUAUUAAUAUCCACUCAACCUCUUGCACUUUUUUUUUCUUACUUUUUUGUUUGUUUUUCUCUACAUAGGUUUGGUUUUCAUGUAUAAUUUCUUCUAAGUCUAUAUUGCUAUUUUUUGUGUCUCCUUUUUUAUGUAUUAUGGAUUUUAUUAUUUUGUAGAGAUUGUGUUUGCCUUUUUUUUGGGGUUUAAUGUAAUGUAAACAUAUUGAUUUAUAUAUUGUAUUUCUUCUGAUUUAAA